UGGUGCCUGUAUGUAAAUGCAAGUUUUCAACUUCAUCUGUGUCUAUCUCUUGAUUCCCGCGAUCAGUCAAGUUCAACUCUUCUGAAAUUUACUCUAUGGUACUCAGUCCAUCUUCCCUCAAAUUUUUGUGGCGAUUGAUGCUGUAGUGGGCGCGUUCUUGUGCUUGGUCGCUUUGGCGGGUGCACAGCAGGGUGGUUGCGCCGCGUAGAUACGAGUCUCACAUUUUUUUAGGGGAGGGGCUGCGUGUUGCGCCGACAAGUUUGAAGCCUACAGUGGACGGAAUUUGCCAAAUCUUGGUUCCCUAGAUAGCUACUGACAUAGUCUACUGCUGUAAGCCUUUAGCCUUCGGUGGAUGUACGCCAGUCGCGCUGCUAAUCUGUGUAAAACGAUAUUUUUUGUUCCUCCGCUUACUUUUUUUUUUUUCUGUCGUGCAGCACUGGACCUGCACCCCUCGCCCGCUGUUCACCGCAUUUGUUUUUUUUAUUUUUCCAAAUACAACACAACGAGUCCAUCUCCGUCAGAGNAAGCCUUUAGCCUUCGGUGGAUGUACGCCAGUCGCGCUGCUAAUCUGUGUAAAACGAUAUUUUUUGUUCCUCCGCUUACUUUUUUUUUUCUGUCGUGCAGCACUGCAGAUAGACCUCAGAUCAAGAUACCUUCCGGGCGACGCAUAUGGGAAAUAGCGGUACCAUAACUACACUAUCUGCAGUCCCCCCUCCAACUCUCGUCACCCAGCCGGGCGGCCAGCUGGAUUGUCUCGCUGCUUGUGGACGACGCACGAACCUCUCUCUCGCACCACCCGCCCCCCUCCAAGAUGGCUCGCAUCUACAUAGGUAACCUUCCCAUGGACGUGACGGAGAAAGACAUGGACGACGUCUUCUACAAGUUCGGCAGGAUCGUCGACAUCGACCUCAAGACUCCCGCCCGGCCACCGGCUUUCGGAUUUAUCACAUUUCAAGACGCAAGGGACGCGGAAGAGGCCGUCAGGGCCAGGGAUGGGUACGACAUGGACGGAAGCCGGCUGCGCGUGGAGAUCUCCCGCGGGCGACGCGAUCCCUUCGGUAUGGGUGGAGGGGGAUACGGAGGCCGGAUGGGCAUGCCAAUGGGAGGGGGAAGAGGUGGAUUCGGCGGCCGCGGAGGCGCUGGCUUUCAGCAGACGGAAUACCGUGUCAUCGUGACCGGGCUUCCGCCCAGCGCCAGCUGGCAGGACCUGAAGGACCACAUGCGGAAGGCGGGCGAGCCGACCUACACCGAUGUUGACCACAAGGGUGGUGGGAUCGUCCACUUCAGGACCAGAGACGACAUGGACUACGCCUUGCGGAAGCUAGACGGGUCGGACUUCCGGAACCCUUUCGAGAAGAGCCGCAUCAGCGUCCUUCCCCACAGGGGCGUCGGCGGGGGCCGCGACUCGCGCAGCCGGUCGCGCUCUCCCAAGCGAAGCAGAAGGGCGCGCACGCCCUCGAGCUCGCGGUCGAGGUCCAGGAGCGUGCGCCGCGGCCGCCGCGGCCGCUCUGCCUCGAGGAGCAAGAGCCGAAGCCCAAGCAGGUCGCCCAGCCGCAACAGGAGGAGGUCUUCGAGGUCCCCUUCCCGCUCCCGCUCUCGCUCCCGCUCUCGCUCUCGCUCUCGCUCCCGCUCCCGCUCCCGCUCCCUCUCGAGGAACUCCGACAGGGGGAAGUCCUCCCGCAAGGACGACGACGACGACGACGACCAGCCCAAGGACCGGAGCCGCGACAGCCCUCGCCGCGGCGAGUCCGCCGAGCCUAACGGGACCGCCAACGGUAAGGACAGCAACGGCGACGCCGACCACAAGGGAGACAAUGACGCCGCCGGCAGCGAGGGCGAUGGGGAAAGAGGAGAGGGCGGCAACGAUAAGGACGCGGCCAUGUCCGAGGCGGUCGGAGAGGACCCUCAGGCCGUUUCCGCCGAGGCAUGAUGGACCAGGACUCAUCGGGAUGAUGGCCGUUUCGGGGUAAUGGCCUCUCUGCUGUAGGACACGCUGAUUGUUGGGGUGUGGGCGGAUGAAGCCAACUCUGUGUAUGUCAUCUAGUUUUGCUCGUUUGUUUCGCAUUUCUGCUGUUUUUGUUUGGUUGCACCUAUUGAUGUGGCGCAUUUUUAAAAGUGUGAGGCAGUUGGCGUUUCGCGAAUCCGCGGAGGCUGUCUGGAUUGUCGGAUAUUCGCGGUGCACGCGUUACUGGUUCACGGAACGCAUGGAUCUGUAUGUGCAAACCCGUACGUGCUCGAUGGGAGAUAGAUGGGCUGUGUGACGGCUCGGCAUGUUACCGAGGUCGACGACACGGUGGCUAUUUCUUCGACCAAGCGUUUGGGCAGGCCUGGUUGCGCUGGCGGUAGCAGGCACGCCUCAGAGACGUUCGUGCUGUACUUUAGGUGGAUCUGUCGGUGGAAUUGUUGUUGUUGUUGUUAAGAUUUGGUACGCAAGGUUUUUUUCCGCCGAGAAAACGGUUGCGGAGAAAUUAUGGGAUAAAGUUUGUAGGCUACGGCGAGAGAAGGGCGGGCGCUAGAGAUUAUACAGUAGUGGGCGUGCGGUCGGCGGCGCGUUUUUUUUUUCUCUCUCCGUUAUUCUCGCUGUUUUCGCUUCCAGGCGCCGUUGCGAGCUCUCAGUCAAGGACCGUCCCGUUUAUCUCCUGGAGACGUCGAGAAAGGUGGAGGCGGCAGCGAGCAACACGAGAAGCGAUUGUUCGCAUGGAGGCAGAGAGGAUCCAAGUGCGACCGGCAAAUUUUUGCAUGGAGGCAGAGAGGAUCCAAGCGCGACCAGCAAAGUUUGGAUAGAGGCAGAGAGGAUCCACGCGCGACGGACGUUUUUGCGGCCCAAGAACUGCGCCCGCUCGAUAGGGCGGCGUCGGAGGUCUUCCCCGCUCGCUGCUUCUGUUGACACCUGUGGCACCACCGCCACCGCGCUAUCGUUGCCGUCUUGUGCGACACACUUUGACGUGGUGAUGUAUAAACUGCUGCUGCGGUUUGAUAGCAUUCGGGGGAAACGCAAUCAAUCCCGUGUGCUUUUUAGCAAGCCAUGCACGCGCACGAGCGAACGGGCGCGUUUCCUGAAUCGAAAUUUGGCGAUGCAGCGGAGGGUAAGCGUAGUCGGAGGUGAAGGAGGAGUACGGGGGGGGGGCGGGGAGUUACAGGGAAUGGGGGAUCGGGAUUCUCUCCAGCACGGGCGGUUGAGCGAGGCCGGUCGGACAUCGAUGAGCAGGAUGAAAUGUCGAAUUGUUGGCCCAUUCUAACGUCCAACAGGUCUUGACGCCAAAUCGCCGGAGUGCGCGGGUGAGGGAGAGAGAGGGAGGGAGAAAGGGAGGAGCGGCGAUGAAAUGCCACGGGAUGCAGAUAUGCGCUUUGGAGUUCUAGCUGAGCGCACAACGGGAUGCCAAGCUUUUGCGUAGAGGGAUGGAUGCUCAUCAAUGUGGAGGGAGGGAGGGAGAAAACGGGCAUACCGUGCGAGAUUUGGACGAUUGGACGGGAAGGGCGCACGGCAAGAAGCGCUCUCUCAAAAUCACGGCAAGCCACGUUUUGUUUUUUGCUUGAUGAUGGUCAGAAUGAUUGGAAGCGUGUCGAACAAAUUUGAAAUUCACGCCUAGGAACGAGCCUGUUUUUUCUUCGACGAAGCUUUGUUCAUUGUGACACUAAUAUUCAUGCGCUUACACUUUUUGGCUUUGUUUUGAUGUCGGGGCAAUUCUUGGACUAACCGGUCGUUGUUCGCCCCUCUUGUCGGCUUGGCCGAGGAAGACCCCCAAAGCUCUUUGGCAUUUUUUUGCUGGAGAUGUUUUCAGUCAGCGCCAGCAGAGAAAUGAGGUUCCUUGUCGAAGUCACCCUACUUGUUUGUGCGCGCUACUUUCGUACUCCCCCGACUCCAUCGCGAAGCAUUGCCGCACAAUUUUACCUUCCCGGUACACGUGCACAUUGUGUGCCCUUGAGUGCCCUGUGGACCUUUUCGUGCCCUUGCUGUGUUGUAUUUGAAGCUGACGCGCUACGCCAGGCCUGCUUGCUUUCGAGCCAUGUGUCUGGCGCGAGCGUAUUUGCGGGCAACGAAAGCGGCUGGUCAGAGGAAGAGGCCGCCGUAAAAGGGGCUUUGGAACCAGCCCAAGCUUGGCGUUGGCUUUGGCACGCGCGUGGGCUUGGCGGCGACAGCGGCGCGGACGUCGCCUGCCCCUUUCGCUUAUUUCGCUUCCUCUCCGUUAUUUUUCAGCUGCGGACGAUGAGGUAGUAGAGUAGUGGACCAAGGGCGCGCCACCGAGCCGCUUUAGCGAGUUCUGAGGAGCAGCCUUACAUGGCCACGUCUCCAACUUGCGUUCUGGCGAUCUGUCCCCGGCUUUCGGCAUCGCAGCCUUCCUUGUGCGAUGUUGGCGAUCAAGGCGAGAAGAGAAGGUGGACGCCGGGCUGUUUCGUUGUGUCCAUCUCGGAGCCGGCAUAUUUCUAUCCUCACCCGGACCUACGUACCUGUGCAUGUGAUCAAUCGUCGCGGAGGAAACUUAAUACUUUGAAGUAUUCAGAGGCAUUAGCUGUCCAGUAGUACCACCCUUUCACCGUCACCAAAACAAAAAAUUGACUUUAU